GCAGCCCUCCCUCUGUGAGCAAAAGAGGCCUUAAGUUUGGAAUCCAACCUGUCAGCUAGCCUGUUGAAUUUACUCUCUCAGAUUGCAGACAGGUCCUCUGCUCACCCUCCACUGCAGGGAUGCUGAACGAUGAACUGACCCCAGACCCUUGUGAUCUUACCUUGGACCCAGAGACGGCCAACAGCUGGCUCCUUCUGUCUGAGGAUCUGCAGAAGGUCACUGUUUCCGAUCGCUGGCUGAACUACCCGGACAACCCUCAGAGGUUCAACGCAGAGCUGCAGGUUCUGUGCAGUCAUGGUCUGACAGGGCGCCAUCGCUUCGACGUAGACUGGAUGAGCGCCGAUAACCGCCACACCGUUGGGGUUGGUUUGGCAUAUAAAAGUAUUCCCAGGAAAGGAACGGCCCGAGCUCCAUUUGGGCGGAACCGGGUCUCCUGGUUCUUUGCUUUAGAGAGAGAUGCUCUGAAUGCGUGGCAUGAUGGUGAGAUGUGGAGCUACAAUGUACCUAAUGAAGGAUUCGAAAAAGUUCGGGUGUGUUUAGAUUAUGAAGAGGGGGUUCUGUCGUUCUACCUGGUAUCUGAAGACUCAGUGGAUCAUGUUCACACCUUCAGAACCAAAUUCACUGAAGCUCUUUACCCUGGUCUUUGUGCUCGCUUUACCUCCAGCUACGCUGCUUUCUGUAACGUCAGCCAGACACCCAAGACGCCUGCAGAGCCUCCCCCAAAUCACCCUUAAACCGGGCCUGAUCCAACAGGCUGCAUCCCUUUAAGCCAGAAGGUUAGAUCUCUGCUAUGGAGGAUAAAAAG